AUGCCGCUUCGAGUAUCAUCCCGGCGGCCCGCGGAAGCGCACACCCUGAAGAAAACCCCCCCUCAGCUCACCGCCGUGGGUUCAAGCUCCCCCUCCUCCCCGCAAGUAUCUACCCCUUCCGCUGGUCUCUCCCCGCAAGUCGCCGUCCCCCGUUCCGCCUCCACCUCCGCUUCCACCCCCGCCACUCAUUUCUACUCCGCUGGGCGGAGCUCUCCGCACUGCUACCCCAGCAGCGCCAGCGGCAGCGGCAAUAACAGUACCAACAAUACCUCAAGAUCCGCCGCUAAUAGCCCACAGCGGACGUUCUCCUCCGAUGCUGCUGCGUACAUCACGUCCCCUUCCCGCCGCCGAACCUCCUCGCCAGCCUCGGUAGCAAAUUCUCCCGCCGGGCCCGUUUCGUGCAAGGGCCGGGCGAGCCGUCUGGAGUGGGCCGGGCCGAGCUCGUCAGGCUCGGCAACACCAGCAGCAGCAAGCGGCGGGGGUGGAGCAGGAGUGCGAGCAGGAUUGGGAGUUGCAUCAGCGGCAAUUAACUCGUUCAGUCCGCGCGUGGGAAGUGCCGUGAACGGUGCGGUGACCGGGAGUACCAAUGCUGACGGCAGCGGCGGGCGCAGCAGUUCGCACGGCACCAGCGCGCCUUCCGUAGCGAACGGCGCAGCGGACUCCUCUGCGCCCAGUGAAGGGAGCGCUGCUCUGUCAGACAAUCCCGCCCCCUUUCCCUCGUCCGCUUCCGCCUCCGCUUCCCCUUCCCCUUCCCGUUCCGCCAAGCACUGGCCGCUCGCCACCCUUGGACUUUCCACGUCAGCUGAUAACGUUGCUGUUGCGGCCUCUCCAUCUGCUGCUUCCGCUGGCGGUGCUAGUUCUUUCAGUGCAAGCCAUAUUGGUACCAGCAGUCCGGUAUCAGGUCGUCUUUCCUCCACAUACCGCCCUUCCACGCACCCCCAGUCCCCCAUCCGCCCGUCCGCUGCUUCCCCCUCCCCUCGCCCGUCCGCCGCUUCCCCCUCCCCGCGCCCUCCCCCGUACCGCCACGGCUGCAACUCCGCCGCUAUCCGCUUCUACGUGCGCGCAUUCCUGCACCUGCUCUGGUCGCUUGCCGCGGGUUGGGGCUUGGCGCUGGGGUCCAUGGUCGCGUCCCCGCGGGGGAAAGGCGUAGGCGCGCACGCGCGUCCCGCGGGCAGGCGCGCACAGGCGUACCGCGGGGCAGGCGGAUUCGGGGCGGGAUGGGGCGCGGGUUUCGGGGGAGGGGGCCUUGGCGGAGGGUUUGGGGGGUUGUGGGGCGGGGGAGGAGGGGGGAUAGGAGGAGGCGGAGCAUUUGGGUCUCUACCCGUGAUUCUAGGACUGGUGGUGACGUCGCUGCUACUCCUGAACCACGCAGCUCAUAUAAGGCAAUCCGCGUUAGAAGCAGCCACGGAGGGCACGAGCCGGUCGCGGUUGCUCGCGGCACAGCAGCAGCGCGCGGCGGCGGUAGCAGCGGCAGCCGCAGCGGCCGCAGCCGCGUCAGGAGGCAAGGGGCCAGCAGGCGGCCGAGGGUUGGCUUUCGAGGGGAGAAUGGGCGCAUCCACGAAUCUAAACCCGUGUGUGGGCGCGGGUGGUGCGGAUGGUGGGGGAACAGCAUGGCGGCAAGGGGGAGGAGGCAGCGUGAGUGGGGCUGGCAGCAAGACGGGGGGUUAUGGGCGGAUGAGGAGGCUUGCUGACUGGUUUGGGUCGCUGGCAGACGCUAUUCUCCUCUCUGACGUCGUCCCUUCUCUGAUCAAACUCGCCUCCUCCUUCCCCACUCCACCCCUUCCCCCAGCCACCCCCUCCUCCUCUCCUUCCUCCUCUUCCUCCUCCACCUCCUCCUCCGGCUCCACCUCCUCCUCUUCUUCCACUGCCGCAUCUGCCGCUGCUGCCACGUCAGACCGCCGCCCGCCGUCGUGGAUGGCAGCAGGCGCCAGCUGGCAGGUGGGCGGCGCGGAUGAGCUGGCUCUAGAUCUGGUCAUGGGCAUGGCCGCAGCAGCAGCAGGCGGGGGAGGAGGCGGAGGGGGAGGGGCAGGGGGAGGGGCAGGGGGAGGGGGAGCGGGAGGGGGAAACGGAGUGGGGGAAGUGGAUUUACCCGGGGUGAUGGGGGAGGGGGUGGAGGACCAGAGGGUUCUGGAGCGAAUGGCGGAUGGCGGAGGGAUGGAGGGGGAGGAGGAGGGGGGGGAGGGGGAGCAGCAGCAGCGUAUCGGGACGGAUGGCCAGGGGAAAGGCUCUGGGGGCGCGUCAGCGGGGGAUUUGACCGAGGAGGAGAGGGCGUGGGUGCGUGUGCAGGGGAGGGUGCGGCAGCGGGUGAGAGGCGGGGGGGUGUUGCAGACGCGAGGGGCGAGUAGCUGGUGGGCGUGGGGGGGAGGCGCGGCUGCUCUGCGCUGGUUUGCGUCCUCUCCCCGCCCGGUUCCGCCUCUUGCGUUUGGGCACGGGACGCUGUUUGAUGCUUGGAUCACGGCGCGCAUGGUGGCGGUUGGCAGGGGCGUUGCUGCAGCAGCAGUGGCGGCUGCAGCGCAACGGGCUGCCACAGCUACUGGUGGUGGUGGUGGUGGUGGUGGUGGUGAUUCUAAUGCCGGUGCUGCUGGUGCUGCUGGUGCUGCUGGGGUUGACGGGGCGGCGUUUGCAGAAUUAUCCCUCGCCGCAUGCUUUGUAGACAAUCCCAGCCCUGUUGGCUCGGUUGCCGGUGCUGCCAGCCUCCACCCGUCCCUCUCACUCAACCCACACGUCCCCUCCAAUGCUCACUCACGCUCCGCCCUCACACCAUCCCUCUCCUUCCCUGCUACAGCUGCUGCUGCUGCCGCCUCAGCAGCAGCAGCAGCCGCGGCCUAUGCCGCCUCGUGCCCGCCUCCCUUUGUCGACGCCAGCGACGUCGUCACGUGCUUCCACCUGGCGUCGCGGGAUUGGGUGCGGCGGGUGCUGCCGAAAGGCCGGCCGUGGAGCACGGGGGCAGUGCAGGGGGGGAGGAAGAGGAGGACUUCACAAAUGGGCCGUUGGGAGCCUGCAGCUAAUGAGUUUCUACUAGCCACGGCUGGGUGUUUCGGGAAUGGGACCUGCGCAGGGGAUGGCAUGGGGGGGUUGGUAGGCGCAGGGGCGCUGGUGGGUAGAGGGAAGGGGGCGAGGGGGAGAAGAGGGGGGGUGAGUGCGGGGGAAGAGGAGGCGGCAGGUGUGGCGAUGUGGCUGGGGGGGGAUGGGAGGGAGCUGGCAAGGAAGAAUGGCACUGCGCAUCAUGGCACGUGGUCGCUCAUGGCGUGUGCUGAUACCAGUGCCAAUCACGUGUGUCUGAAGCCGCGCCUCCGUCCGGCCAUCUGCGCGUGUGACCUCGCACCCUUCACACCCGCCUCCCAGGGCGACCCCACCCUCAACGCCCACAACCGCUGGAUCUGCGAUUCCCCCGACGACCCCUCCUCACCCACCUCGCCCUCCCACGCACCGCACCCCACCGCUCUCAUCGACCCUGCUGCCGCCAAGGCAGCCGCUGCAGCCCCGGCGAACGACCGUGCUGCUGCGUCCCUUCUCAAGCAAACCCCCGUAGUUCCCAUGGAAGAUGUGUUACCGCUCGUGGCCCUGCGGGAACCCGGCGGAGUGAAAGUCGUGGUGCUGGUUGCGGUGACCUUUGGCUACGCACACAUGCUCAUGAAUUUCUACUGUAACCUCCGUCGCCUCGGCUUGGGGAACCGGCUCGUGGUCGCAGCCCUUGAUGCUGAUCUCUACCGGUUUGCUUUCUCCCAGGGCCUUCCGGUGUAUUAUGAAGGCCCGGCGGCGGCGGGAGGGGCUGGGGGCGGCAGCGCAGGGGGGGUGAAGGUGGGGGAGGAGGCGUGCGAGUAUGGCACGCUGUGCUUUAAGAGGUUCACGAAGCUUAAGUCGCGAGCAGUGCUGCGUGCGCUGCGAGCCGGGUACUCAGUGUUAUGGACCGAUGUGGAUAUUGUCUGGUUCUCCGAUCCUCUCCGGGACCUGCUCAGGUUCGGGCCCGGGACGCUGCCGAUCCAGAGCAACGAGCCGGACGCGGCGCGGCCUCCGCACGGGAAGCGUAGGAUUAAUUCCGGGUUUUACUUUGGGAGGAGUGACGAGGCGACGAUUGCUGCGUUUGAGGCGAUCGUGGCAGCGGCAGCCAAGACGGAGCUUUCAGAGCAGCCGAGUUUCUAUGAUGUGCUGUGCGGGGAGAAAGGGCAGAAGAAGGUGCGGGGCAAGGCGCAGUGCUUGUGGAAAGGCAUCAGUGUGACGAGUGCGGGUGGGAAACAGAAGACCACUCCGGUCGCCGUGCGAACCAUCUUUCUCGACAGAAAGAAGUAUCCGAACGGGGCUGUGCAUGGGUUUUGGGACGCGGCGAACGUGAGCGAGGCGUGCCGAGAGGCGGGCUGCGUGAUUCUGCACAACAACUGGAUCAGUGGGAGGGGCAGCAAGGAGAGGAGGCUGGCACGGCAUGGGUUCUGGCAGUAUGAUAUUGACGGGCGGAAGUGUUUGGACCAGCCGUUGAGUGAAGAGCAGCUAGUGGCAGAAGAGGAGGCGAGAGCCGGGGGGAGUGGGUUUGACAGUGCUUAA